GUACGCUCUGAGCCCGACGCGCGGUGAGGAGAGGCAGCUCGUGAAACUCCCACCAGUUUCCCUACAGACCAUUUAGGUAUCUGCGGACAUCUGCACACGGAUACAAACACAAUCAGACGUGAUGGACUCUGAUCCAGAUGGGAAGAAGAGGACCAGAGACUCCAAAGUGGGCGUGUCUUCAUCUGACUCUGACAGUGUCCAGCAGGGGGCGUCAGGCACAGACGAGAUGCAGAGGGACUCUGUAGAACACAGAUGGACACCAGAGGAGGCAGAGGUCCAUGAGAAAUUCAGAUCCACAUUGAAGAGCACGUUUCAGCAUCUGGUUGAGGGAAUACCUAAUCAGGGAGAAUCCAGACUCCUCCAAGAGAUCUACACAGAUCUCCACAUCACAGAGGGAGGAGGAGGGGUCAAUGAUGAACAUGAGGUCAGACAGAUAGAGAGAGCAUCCUGGAGAGAAGCAGCACGAGGCAGACCAAUCGAAUGCAGUAACAUCUUUAAACCCUUAUUGAACGAUGAACAAUCUGAGUCUGAUGAUACAUCUGAUGAAUGUGAUGAAGCGUCUGAUAAAUCUGAUCACAGACAACACAAACCCAUCAGAACAGUGCUGACAAAGGGAGUGGCGGGCAUUGGGAAAACAGUCUCUGUGCAGAAGUUCAUCCUGGACUGGACUGAAGGAAAAAACAAUCAAGAUGUCCACUUCAUAUUUCCUCUUCCUUUCCGAGAGUUGAACCUGAUGAAGAACAAGAAACUCAGUCUGGUGAAGCUUAUUCAACACUUUUUUCCAGAAAUUAAAGAUUCAAAAAUCUUCACCAGUUCAGAGCACAGAGUCAUGUUCAUCUUUGAUGGUCUGGAUGAGUGUCGACUUCCUCUAGAUUUCCAUUCUAAGCUGAGUUGUUGUGAUGUGACAGAGCCAGUCUUAGUUAACGUGCUGCUGACAAACCUCGUCAAGAGGAAUCUGCUUCCCUCUGCUCUCCUUUGGAUCACCACCCGGCCAGCAGCAGCCAGUCAGAUCCCUCCUGAGUGUGUGGACCAGGUGACAGAAAUAAGGGGAUUCAAUGACCCACAGAAAGAGGAGUACUUUAGGAAGAGAGUCCGUGAUGAAAACCUCGCCAACAGAACCAUCACACACCUAAAGUCAUCCAGGAGUCUCUACAUCAUGUGCCACAUUCCGGUCUUCUGCUGGAUUUCAGCCACUGUGGUAGAGAGAACAUCAUUUGAAUCAGAAAACAUAGAAAUGCCAAGAACUCUCACUCAAAUGUACACUCACUUCCUGAUCAUUCAGACAAGCCUGAAAAAAGCCAAGUACACAGAGAGAAAAGAGACAGAUGAAGAGAUAAUUUUCAAACUGGGGAAACUGGCUUUCCAACAGCUGAAGGAAGGGAAUCUGAUCUUCUAUGAGGAAGACCUGGGAGAGUGUGACAUUAAUGUCACAGAAGCAUCAGUGUACUCAGGAGUGUGUACUCAGAUCUUCAGAGAGGAGUCUGGGGUGUACCAAGGGAAGGUGUUCAGCUUUGUGCAUCUGAGCAUUCAAGAGUUUCUUGCAGCUUUAUAUGUGUUCCUCUGCUUUGAAAACAGAGAGAGAAGCAUGACUGACCAACAUCAAACCUCUCAGCUCUCUGCCCUAUUCAGAGCUGCAACACUGCAUGACCUACACAAGACUGCAGUGGACCUGGCCUUACAGAGUGAGAAUGGACACCUGGACCUUUUCCUCCGCUUCCUUUUGGGCCUGUCACUGGAGUCCAAUCAGAAUCUCUUAAUGCACCUACUGCCACAGACAAUAAGUCAUAAACAGAGCUCAGAGCAAACAGUCCAGUAUAUCAAACAGAAGAUCAGAGAUCAAAGUAAUUCAGGCAGAAGGAUCAACCUGUUCUACUGUCUGAAUGAACUGAAUCACCAUUCUGUAGUGGAGAAGAUUGACAGGAGCUCAGGAACUCUGUUUGUAGACACACUCAUACCAGGAGAGUGGGAGACUAGGAGAUUUACAUUUAAGAUUCCAGAGGAGCAGCUGGAUGAGUUUGACCUGCAGAAGUACAUAAAGACACCAGAGACUGAUCAGACUGAACUCCUCAGUCCAGAUGAAGUUCUUCAGAGGCUGGUUCCAGUGGUCACAUCAGCACUGCUGUAUGAGUGUUCCCUCACAGAGAAGAGCUGUGCUGCGAUAGCGUCAGCUGCCAGACCAAACUCCUGCAGUUUGAAGGAGCUGAACCUGAGUGACAAUGAUCUUCAUGAUGCAGGAGUUCAGCAUCUCUCAGAUCUCCUCAAGAAUCCCCACUGCAAACUGGAGAAACUAGAGCUGAGUUGGUGUUCCCUCACAGAGAAUAGCUGUGCUGCGAUAGCGUCAGCUGCCAGAUCAAACUCCUGCAGUUUGAAGGAGCUGGACCUGAGUCACAAUGAUCUUCAUGAUGCAGGAGUUCAGCAUCUCUCAGAGCUCCUCAAGAAUCCCCACUGCAAACUGGAGAAACUAGUGCUGGUUAAUUGUUCCCUCACAGAGAAGAGCUGUGCUGCGAUAGCGUCAGCUGCCAGAUCAAACUCCUGCAGUUUGAAGGAGCUGAACCUGAGUCACAAUAAGCUUCAUGAUGCAGGAGUUCAGCAUCUCUCAGAGCUCCUCAAGAAUCCCCACUGCAAACUGGAGACACUAGAGCUGGUGCAGUGUCUCCUCACAGAGAAGAGUUGUGCUGUGAUAGCGUCAGCUGCCAGAUCAAACUCCUGCAGUUUGAAGGAGCUGAACCUGAGGGGCAAUGAGCUUCAUGAUGCAGGAGUUCAGCAUCUCUCAGAGCUCCUCAAGAAUCCCCACUGCAAACUGGAGACACUAGAGCUGAGUGAUUGUUUCCUCACAGAGAAGAGCUGUGCUGUGAUAGCGUCAGCUGCCAGAUCAAACUCCUGCAGUUUGAAGGAGCUGAACCUGAAUAGAAAUGAGCUUCAUGAUGCAGGAGUUCAGCAUCUCUCAGAGCUCCUCAAGAAUCCCCACUGCAAACUGGAGAAACUAGAGCUGAGUGAUUGUUUCCUCACAGAGAAGAGCUGUGCUGUGAUAGCAUCAGCUGCCAGAUCAAACUCCUGCAGUUUGAAGGAGCUGAACCUGAGUCACAAUGAGCUUCAUGAUGCAGGAGUUCAGCAUCUCUCAGAGCUCCUCAAGAAUCCCCACUGCAAACUGGAGACACUAGUGCUGCAGUAUUGUUCCCUCACAGAGAAGAGUUGUGCUGUGAUAGCAUCAGCUGCCAGAUCAAACUCCUGCAGUUUGAAGGAGCUGAACCUGAGUCACAAUGAGCUUCAUGAUGCAGGAGUUCAGCAUCUCUCAGAGCUCCUCAAGAAUCCCCACUGCAAACUGGAGACACUAGUGCUGCAGUAUUGUUCCCUCACAGAGAAGAGCUGUGCUGUGAUAGCGUCAGCUGCCAGAUCAAACUCCUGCAGUUUGAAGGAGCUGAACCUGAGUCACAAUGAGCUUCAUGAUGCAGGAGUUCAGCAUCUCUCAGAGCUCCUCAAGAAUCCCCACUGCAAACUGGAGAAACUACAGCUGGUUAAUUGUUUCCUCACAGAGAAGAGCUGUGCUGCGAUAGCGUCAGCUGCCAGAUCAAACUCCUGCAGUUUGAAGGAGCUGAACCUGAGUCACAAUGAGCUUCAUGAUGCAGGAGUUCAGCAUCUCUCAGAGCUCCUCAAGAAUCCCCACUGCAAACUGGAGACACUAGUGCUGAGUGAUUGUUUCCUCACAGAGAAGAGCUGUGCUGUGAUAGCGUCAGCUGCCAGAUCAAACUCCUGCAGUUUGAAGGAGCUGAACCUGAGGGGCAAUGAGCUUCAUGAUGCAGGAGUUCAGCAUCUCUCAGAGCUCCUCAAGAAUCCCCACUGCAAACUGGAGAAACUAGAGCUGAGUGAUUGUUUCCUCACAGAGAAGAGCUGUGCUGCGAUAGCGUCAGCUGCUGGAUCAAACUCCUGCAGUUUGAAGGAGCUGAACCUGAGUGACAAUGAGCUUCAUGAUGCAGGAGUUCAGCAUCUCUCAGAGCUCCUCAAGAAUCCCCACUGCAAACUGGAGACACUAGUGCUGAGUGAUUGUUUCCUCACAGAGAAGAGCUGUGCUGUGAUAGCAUCAGCUGCCAGAUCAAACUCCUGCAGUUUGAAGGAGCUGAACCUGAGUCACAAUGAGCUUCAUGAUGCAGGAGUUCAGCAUCUCUCAGAGCUCCUCAAGAAUCCCCACUGCAAACUGGAGACACUAGUCGCUCACUCGCCACACACUCCUCGUCUCCCUCUUAUUUGGCUGAUGAGUUGUUCCCUCACAGACAAGAGCUGUGCUGCGAUAGCGUCAGCUGCUGGAUCAAACUCCUGCAGUUUGAAGGAGCUGAACCUGAGUGAGAAUGAGCUUCAUGAUGCAGGAGUUCAGCAUCUCUCAGAGCUCCUCAAGAAUCCCCACUGCAAACUGGAGACACUAGUAGUGGAUGUUGGUAUAUUCCUAAAGGAGAGUCCAGCAGCAGCAGCAGCCUCUGCUAGCAGCUCCCACUCAGAUGCUGCAGAGCUGCACCUCAGAGACAAAGUCCAGCAGGACCCAGGAGCACAGCUGCUCUCUCUGGACACGGAGGAUCACCACAGUGAUGCCCCACAGAGGAGCUGUGAAUUCUGUGCUGAAGUUCCAGACUCCAGCCACUGGGUCCUGUUGAAGCCUGAAGUCUCCACAGAUGAGAGUGUCUCCACCUAUAGCCUGAGCUCUCCUGCAGGGAGCUAUGAGUGCUCAGAGUCUGGUCUGCGCUGGACAUGUGAUGGUCCAGUCACCCUGCAGUACCGCUUCACAGACUGGCAUGUCUUUGCUGAAGAGCUGGCCCACAUGCAGUCCAGACCAGCUGGUCCUCUGAUGGACAUCAGGGUCAUGUCAGGAGAGCUGGAGGAGAUCCACCUGCCACAUUACCUCUGUUUGGGGGGUUUUGAGGCGUCUGUGGGUGAUGCUGUGAGGGUCCUGCAUGGGCGGGAGAGUGGAGUGUGUGUGGAGGUGUGUGAGCUGACCCGACACCAUGCCAGGCUUCUCCACCCCUCCUUCUCUCUGUUAGGGCUGGUGUAUUACCUGAGGGAUCUGUUUUCUCCCAAAGUCCACUGUGAGCUGCUGCUCUUCUGCACCUGCACCGCUCCCCUGGUUCUCCAGGCCUACCUGGUGCCGACCUACCCGAACGACCCAGCUCACAUCCGGGCCAUCCUCCAGAAGGAUGUGGAGAAGGAGAAGACAGGGGUGUGGAUCGACAAACCCCGCGUCUUGGGCUCACUCCGGGAGAUGGACACCUUUUGUGUGAGGACAUCAUGCCCAUCUGAGAUUCAGCCCGAGAAGAUGAACCUGUGGCCGCUCUCCACUGGUAACUUCUGUGAGGUGUACAUGGAGCAGCCAGAGAAGGAAUUUGAUAUGGAGGUCAUCAGCUCUCAACAGCCCAUCUGGACAGUCAAGAUCCGCAGACGUGACUACUGCAAGCCCAGCAGGAGCCCAGGACAGGGCAGCAGCCAGGGGACAAACACAGAGCGGCUGGCCCAGGUGCGGCCCGGCCUCAUCAGGGGAGUGUCCAGAGGAGUCCUGAGGAGCACGCUGGACCGUCUCCAGGCCCACAGGCCUCCUGUGCUGAGCAGCAGGGAGGCUGAAGAGGUCCUGCAGAGGAGCCAGGUGCUGCAGGACCAGGUGAGCUGCCUGGUGGACAUGGUGCACAGGAAGGGAGAUACAGCCUGCAGCAUCAUGCUGGUCCUGCUGGAGGAACUGGACCCCCACCUGCAUGGAGAGCUGCACCUGUGAGCACUGGACCCCCACCUGCAUGGAGAGCUGCACCUGUGAGAACUGGACCCCCACCUGUAUUGGAAAGCUGCACCUGUGAGAACUGGACCCCCACCUGCAUGGAGAGCUGCACCUGUGAGCACUGGACCCCCACCUGUAUUGGAAAGCUGCACCUGUGAGAACUGGACCCCCACCUGUAUUGGAAAGCUGCACCUGUGAGAACUGGACCCCCACCUGUAUGGAGAGCUGCACCUGUGAGCACUUAGUAAGAGCAGUGAUGAUGUGUGGUGUUGUACAGUUCAAUUCAUUGUUGUCAUCAUAAGUUUACUCAGUUUAUGGACCACGACUCUGGUCUCAUAUGAAUGAAGUCCACACAUUACUCAUGUAUAACAUCUAAAUCUAAAUGAUCUAUUAGCAGUGAGGUCACUUUUUAAGAAUUUUUUUUUUUUUGGGGGAGGGGGGGGGGGGGGGCACCAAGAUGACACCUUUGUCUGUGACUCUCCAACAGUGGUUCUUAUGGAAUAUUUUCCCUAUCUUACCAUCCUUCAUACUGUAUGUGGGGGCAAGAUAACCAUGGGUCUUUGUCCAAGCAUGUUUGUCAUUUUUCCAGAUGAUUAGAACCUUUUAAUCAUUGUUUUAACUGUCAAUAUAGGCAUUU